CGAUUCAGGCCUCUGCGGAAGUCACGAAGUCCAAAGUCACACCAUGGUGCACCUGCAGACGGGCGAGGCCGGAGGAUCUGCGGCAACACGGACGCCGACGCCGACACCACCGCAGGUCGAUGUCGACGUCGACGUCGAGAGCAAGCAGUCGACCGCGCUGCCAUUCGGACGACACGUUGCCCUCUCCGCGCUCUCUGGGCCAGCUUAUGUGACUGCGCAGACGUUGGUACAGCAAGUCGCAUACGCCCUCUCCGACAAGCUCUUCACCUACUCGCCCGCGUCCUUCGAUCUCGACAUCGCCGCCCGCGCCUGGGCCCGCCAGCAACAGAAAAAUGCACACCACGAGGUCACGGGCGUUCAAUGCCUCGACACGCGAUCCGGCGCGGGGAGCAUUGCUUUGGGAUACAUGUUCAGCCCAGACUUUGAUCUGAACAAGCGACAUGUGCCUCAGUCCAUCAUUGCCAGCGCUGCCAGUCUGCACCAUCUCCGACCUGCCCUCGACCAACUGAGCCUCUUGUACGAUGUCGCCAACCCUACGACACUUCACGUGGCUGCUGUGGAUUACGCUGCCAACACUGACGCGGGGCUGGUGACGGAUUAUGCCAGUGCGCUGACUCUGGCAGAAGAACUUGGUCUGGGCCUGCUGACAAGCAGAAGCGCAUACGAGAUCCAGCAUAUGUCGCUGCUGUCAACUCUGAUGGCAUCGAUCCUGCCGACCAUUCACACAUACGAUGGUAUCACGGUCGGGCGAGAGACAACGCGAGUCAUCGACGUUUUGAGCGUGGCCAGCCUGAAGCGGACAUACGACACCGUCCUCGGCUCUGUUAGGGAAGAUCUGAGCUCGAAGCGUUUCACGAAAGAAGGAAAGCUUGUGAAACUGCUGCAGGCCUUCAAUACUGAGCUCGGCACCGAAUACAAGGCAUUUGAGUAUCAUGGUCAUACCGCCGCAACCAACGUCCUUGUUGUCUUCGGCACUGUCGAGGGCAGCCUCGCCGCUCAAGUCGCAGAAGCGUUGGCUGAGCAGGACGUGAAGGUUGGUGUCGUCAAUGUGCGCAUCUAUCGUCCCUUCAUUGAGGAGGAGUUCAAUGCUGCCCUUCCUGCGACAACUCAGCAGGUCACUGUACUUGGCCAGGUCUCCGAUCAAGCCGCCGCCUUGGAUCCAAGCGUUGCAAGCAGCCUGUACUCCGACGUGCUGGCGGCCAUCAAUUUCCAGAGUGUUACUUCCGGUAAAGCACCCAGUGCGUUCGAUUUCAAAUACGCCCGAGAUACUGUCUGGACAGUUGCCAAGCUUGCCAACCUCCUCCAGCAAGUCGGCGCCAAGUCUGCAGAUCAGACCACUGUCCUUUCGCUCACUGGAAAAGAUGUGAAGCAGUAUACGUUCUGGGACGUUGAUGCGAGCAAGGCUGCAGGUGCCCCAGCUAUGCUCGGCCAAUUGCUUUCGGACGAUAGUGCUAUCAAUGUUGCUGUUCGCACUGGUCAUGACAAUCUUGUUCAAGGCGGUGCCAUGCGGACUGACAUUCGCACAUCCACCAAGAGCAUCGAAACCGCUUACAGUAUCAAGGAUGCCGAUGCCAUUGUCGUUGGCACUGAGAAGCUUCUCAAAGACUUCGCGGUCAUGGACAGCAUCAAGAGCGAAGGGCUCGUGCUGCUUAAGUCGGCAAGCUGGAAGGAUGAAGACAUCGAGAAGAAGCUCAGCACCCCGGUUCGCCAGGCUAUCGCUGCGAAGAAGCUCGCACUGUGGGUUCUUGAUCCCGCCGCCAGUCCAAAGGUUGAGGAGGACUCCAGUCUGGAGGCGCAUCUGCUCCAGCUUGCGUUUCUCAAGCUUACUAAUCCGGAGCUCUACGCAAGCGGUCUAAAGAAAUUGAAGGGCGAGGUCCUUGAUGCCCUUGUCGCAGACCUCGAGAAGGCACUGAAGCAGAUUGAAGUUCCAGAUACUUGGUUCACGGUCGAGCUGGAGGAGAACCAAGCUUUGCCAGUGGCUGACGAUCUCAACAUCAACAGCUUCGCUUCACACGACAGUGGUGAGGACGAACCACCUUCACUUCUCCGCGACUGGAAGACCGCCGCGAAGGGUCUCGCUUUUAAGGAAGCGUACGGUACUUCAACUGCUCUCAGGCCAGAUUUGAGCGUCAAGACUGCAAUCGCACAUGUCAAGGAGCAUAGGAGAUUGACACCAGAGAGUUACGAUCGUAACAUCUUCCACAUUGAAUUCGAUCUCGGCGAUACUGGACUCAAAUAUGAGAUUGGCGAGGCCUUGGGAAUACACGCCGAGAACAACAAGGACGAGAUCGAGCAAUUCAUCAAGUGGUACGGUCUUAAUCCCGAGGAGAUUGUUGAAGUUCCCUCGCGAGAAAAUCCUUCCAUCCUGGAGAAUCGUACCGUCUACCAAGCUCUACUGCAGAAUAUCGACAUCUUCGGUCGCCCACCCAAGCGUUUCUACGAGGCACUCAGCGAGUUCGCGAGCGACGACAAAGAGAAGACAGAGCUGCUUAUGCUUGGGACUGGUGGUAAUCAGGAAGCUACACUGGAGUUCAAACGUCGGGCCGAAGUUGACACCAUUACUUAUGCCGACAUCCUCUUGGAAUUCCAAUCUGCUCGCCCAAGCUUCCACGACAUCGCCCGCCUUGUCAGCCCGAUGAAGCGCAGAGAAUAUUCCAUCGCUUCGUCCCAAAAGGUCACACCGAAUAGCGUUAGUCUGCUCAUCGUCACCGUCAACUGGGUUGAUCCGAAGGGUCGUGACCGCUUCGGACAGGCCACUCGCUAUCUCAACAGUCUACCAGUCGGCGCCCCCGUCACGGUAUCUGUCAAACCAUCUGUUAUGAAGCUGCCACCCAAGACGACUCAGCCCAUCAUCAUGGCUGGUCUUGGUACGGGUCUGGCUCCUUUCCGUGCGUUCGUUCAGGAGCGCGCCUGGCAGCGCGAGCAGGGCAUGCCAAUUGGUGACGUGUUCUUGUAUAUGGGCUCUCGUCAUCAACGUGAGGAGUACCUAUACGGCGAAGAAUGGGAAGCUUAUCAGGAUGCUGGUAUCAUCACUCUGCUUGGUUGUGCCUUCUCUCGUGACCAGCCGCAGAAGAUCUACAUUCAAGAUCGUAUGCGCCAGACGUUGGGCGAUAUUCGACGGGCAUACCUGAGGGAAGAGGGUGCUUUCUACCUCUGCGGUCCCACAUGGCCUGUGCCAGAUGUCACCUCUGUCUUGGAGGAGGCUGUCGAAGUUGAGGCCCGUGCGGAGGGUAAGAAGAAGGAUGGGCACAAGGAGAUUGAGAGGCUGAAAGAGGAUCUGAGAUACGUCCUAGAAGUUUACUAAGCGUCUCGAAUCUGGUUGUUUACGUUCUUGCGAGCAUGAUGUGGCAUAGCAUAGGAUAGACUUCGUGGUACAAAAGCUCUUUACUGUUUCC